UCCUGUUAUACGGUAAUUUUGUGAUAAAGAUAAUAUUAAACUUUUUCAGGUGCGUGUUUCGCUAGUCUCACUCAAUACAGUAUUCACAUAGUACCAUAGUGGUUCGUGGGUUCGCAUCGAAAUUCAAAUAGAUACUUAGCUUAUAAAAUGGAAUCCGGCGAGUGUUUUCCUAACAUAACCCCAUUAGAAAACAUGUCAUCGUACCAUUGGAAACUACUUAAAUUAAAGGGUCGAUUGGAUACAAUAACAGAGCGUAUGUCAAAAAGAAAAAGCGGAACACUGGAACCUUAUACUACAUACAUGGACGAAGAUUCCACUGAUAAAAUUGAUAAAUUCUUGUUAAUGAGUCAAGUAAAACCAUUAGAGUCGGACGAUGAUGAUAUGGAUUUAAGUAAAAUGAACUAAUACUUUAUUUUAAUGUAAAUAAAUAAUUAAUGUAACAUGUAAUAUAAAUAUAAAUCAUAUAACUCUAUUACAA